CGACGACGUCAUGCUUCGCCCUAGGCAUCGUGGGCUUUGACCUACCUUUCCUUAACCUCCUUUUGUUCUGUCGCGAUUCUUAUAUCCUUGUGACAAUUGUCGCUCCAGUUCUCAGGAAGGACCAACACCUACCCAACUAGAUUCUGUCGCGUCUCUCACUUAACCAUCAUCUCUCAAGCUGUUUCUAGCUUCGCGAUUACUCAGGGGGCCAAUAGGCAUCUCUUCUCAUCGUUCGAUUCUCAUCCAAUCCUUCAACAUGGCCAGGGCUACGCGAAGCUCUGCGACAAAGCCUCCAGUUGCGAAGGCAUCGCCAACCGUCAAAGACGAGCCUGUACAGCUUUCGAGCCCUCCAACAACUCCAGUUCCCCAAAGUUCCAGAAAGAGGAAGGCAGUCAAACAUGAAGAUGACAGUGAACCCGAACCAUCAGUCAAAACACCAGCCACCUCCAAGAGCUCCAAACGAGCAAAGACAGCAGCAGUGAAGAAAGAGGAGGUCAAUGACCUGCCACACAACUUGGGAGCUAUCCCUGAUCUAUCUCCAAAUGCUGACGCGAACGACGACGGACCAUCAGCGAAAAAGACCGCGAAACCCAAGAAGGCUGCUAAACCCAAGGCGCCGAAGAAGGAAAAGGUCGAGGAUGUUGUUGCGAAAGCUACGAUGACCACAAAAGAGUCGCCAAAGAAGAAGGGGAAGAAUAACAGCUACGGCCUGACACCAGGCCACACACCAUACCCCAAUUGGCCUCACCCAUCAGCCGAGGAGUGCGAAGAAGUGACUCGUCUGCUGUCGAAAGUUCACGGCGAGGUUCACGCACCAAAGACGAUACCAGUACCAUCACUCGAAGUGUCAGGCUGCGGAGAAGUGCCUUCCGUUCUGGACGCCCUGAUCCGAACACGACUAUCCGCGGCAACGUCAGGCACAAACUCAUCACGCGCAUUCGCAGGGCUAGUAGCGAGAUUCGGCAUCCUGAAAUCAGGUGUCGGAAAAGGCAGCGUGGACUGGAAUAAAGUGCGUCUAGCCGACACAAAAGACGUCUUCGAAGCAAUCAAGAGUGGCGGCCUAGCAGAUGUAAAAAGCAAAGACAUCAAGAAGAUCCUGCAAAUGGUGUGGGAGGAGAACCAAGCUCGUCGCGAAGAACUCUUAUCCUCUGAAGCCCAAGCACCCGGAUCCGCCAACGAGGCCCCAGAGGAAAAAGACGCAGAAGUAGACAAAGCAGAGCAAAACAUCGUCUCCCUCGAUCACCUACACCUCCUCUCCACCGACGACGCCUUCAACGCUCUAACGAAAUACCCCGGCAUAGGACCCAAAACCGCAUCCUGCGUCCUCCUGUUUUGCCUCCAGCGUCCCUCUUUCGCCGUUGACACACAUGUUUUCCGUCUCUGCAAGUGGCUCGGCUGGGUCCCUCCACCCGGCGAUCCAGCUGGUCUCGCGCCCAACGCAAAGGGUACUUUCGCAGGCCCCACGCGCAACUCUACAUACGCGCAUUGCGAAGUUAGGGUGCCAGAUGACCUGAAAUACCCACUUCACCAACUUCUCAUCAGGCACGGCAAGUCGUGUCCGCGGUGCCGCGCCAUCACCGGCGAGAGCAGUGAGGGAUGGAAGAAGGGCUGUCCUAUUGAGCACUUGGUUCAGCGGUCUGGAGGGAGGAAGGAUGGCGGUGCUGCUACCACCCCGGUCAAGGGUGCGAAGGGGCGCAAGACAAGCGCGAAGAAGAAAGUUGAGGAGAGCGACGAGAGUGAAGCAAAGAGUAGUGGGUUGAGCGAUGUGGAGAGCAGCGAGUUGAGCGAUUUGGAGAGCGAGUAA